GCUUCAACAAGAGCAUCAGCAAGAGCAUCAGCAAAAGCAGCGGCAGCAGCAGCUGGAGAAGAACAAGAAGAAAAGGCUUCUCUUUUGUGCCAGGGCCCACCUGCUGCUGCAUCCUGUAGCCCUCCCUCGACACCUGGGGGGAGAUCACCAUCUAUUGGAGCUCUUUCUGCUGAUGACUCUUGGGCCACUUCUGACCAAGGUUCCUAUUGUGAGGAUGAGAACAGCAUUUUUGAGGAAAGUCUCAACACUAAUUACACAUCUGACCACCAUAAGUACUCCACUGAGCUGUUGGAAUGGUUCAUCCUCCAAAAAUUCCAUUUGAAGCAGCUCUUUACCAAGGAAGAGAUGUGGAAGGUCACCACCUGGAAGAACACAGAUGAGUUUGACGAGACUUUCAAGAGUGCCUGUGAGCACAUGGAGGCAAUCUUUUCAGUUGAAGUGAGAGAAGUGGACUCCACCCAUCACUCCUAUACCCUUAUCAGCAAGCUGACCCUCCCCAACAAUGGGAGGAUUCGCCCUGGCAGGGGCUACCCUAAAACGGGUCUCCUGAUGAAAGUCCUUGCUGUGAUCCUCCUGAAUGGCCACUGUGUUGCUGAGGAAAUCCUCUGGAGAGUCCUGAAGACCAUGAAGAUAUAUCCCGGGAAGAAGCACAUCAUGUUUGGAGAGCCCAAGAAGCUCCUCACCCAAGACCUGGUGAGGCUAAAGUACCUGGUGUAUCAGCAGGUGCCUGGCAGUGACCCUCCACGCCAUGAGUUCCUGUGGGGCCCCAAAGCCUACGCCGAGACCAGCAAGGAGAAAAUCCUGAAGUUUUUGUCCAAGCUCAAUAAGACUUCCCUGAACUACUUACACUCUGUUUGCGAUGCCUCCAUCAAAGCCAUGAGAGAUAAGACAGAAAGAGCCCAAGCUGCGUGGGCUGCCAAGCCUGGCUCUUGUGCCAAUCCUAGUGCAAGUGGCCAGGCCACAGAUCCUGCUGCUUCUCCAGGGCCUGCUGAGGCCUGAAGCUUUUGAUCACCUAGUUAAGAAAAUAGGAUUGUACCAGAAGGAAGUUUCUUGCCAGUGUUAAAGAACCCCACCCCAGUGAGGGGUGAUGCAAUGGAGAAAAAUUUUGAACAUGUUCACUGGUUGCUUUUCUCAUUGCUUUGGUUGUAUGAAAUGAAAUGUUUUAAGCUGUUUCUUGGCACAUUCCUGCAAGUUGUGGUUAAAUCUUUAUCAGUUAGCCUUCAUAUUUCCUGACUGUAAUUUAGCAAAUAUUAAUAGAUUGUAUGCUCUUUGCCAGUCUUUGUGGUAGUGCACAGGUAUCCACAUAAUGAGGAUACCUGUAGCCCGUGCUACUAGAAUUUUAGAGCCUAGGUUUGAAAUCUUACAAGAAAUCUGUUUAACUUCCCUUUUGACUUUUAGGCAACAUACAAAGAAUGAAUGUGACGAGGGUGUCUGUGGGAACAGUAACAUGGAAAUAUCCUAAGCAAGAAUUGUGAGACAUUCGAAAUUGCAGA